CUGCCGCCCCCCGGCUCAGGACGGGGGCCCCGAGGUGUCCCGCGGCUCAGGGCCCCGGGCCGCCCUCGACGGGAGACCCCAGCCUGGUCCCGCUGCUCGGCCCGCCGGGCCGCCGACCCCCGGCGCUACCCCCCGGGGGGCAAGGCGACGACGAGGACGAGGAAGAAGACGAGGAGGAGGAGGAGGAGGCGGCGGCGGCGGAGGAGGGCCGGGAGGCCGCGGGGGGCAUGUCUCGGCCCAGCAGCGUGAGCCCCCCCGGCCUCGGGAACCCCCUCCGCGGGGGCGCGGAGCUCCGCUCGGCCUGGGCCGAGGCCGAGUCCCGGGCCAACGGGUUCCCCUGCCCGCCGGGGCCGGGACCGGCCGAGCCCGGGGGCCCCGACGGGGCGGGGGGCGGCGAGGACGCGGACUCGCGCGGGAGCCCCGCGGGCCCGGGGGCGGCGCCGUCGACCCACGCGCGCUGCUGCCGGGGCCUGGCGCACAUCUUCCGCUCCAAGAAGUUCCGCUCGGAGAAGCUGGAGCGGCUGUACCAGCGCUACUUCUUCCGACUGAACCAGAGCAGCUUGACCAUGCUGGCCGGGGCCCUGGCCGUCGUGGGCCUCGUGCUGCUGGGCCUACACGCCGCCCGCGGGCGCGACCACCUGCCCUUCGCCGCCGUCCUGGCCGGCGCCGUGGUCGCCGUGCUGGUCCUGGCCGUGCUGUGCAACCGGGCGGACUUCCACCAGGACCAGCUGGGCCUGGCCUGCUACGCGCUCAUGGCCGUGCUGCUGGCCGUGCAGGCGGCCGGGAUCCUCCUGCCGCCGCCGCCGCCGCACAGCGCGUCGGACGGGCUCUGGUGGACCGUGUUCUGCGUCUACACCGUCUACACCCUCCUGCCCGUCCGCAUGCGGGCCGCCGUGCUCAGCGGACUCCUGCUCUCCGCCAUCCACCUGGGCCUCGCCCUGCGCGCCCGCGCCCACGACCGGGCCCUGCUCCGGCAGCUCGUCUCCAACGUCCUGAUCUUCUCGUGCACCAACCUGGUGGGCGCCUGUGCUCAUUACCCGGCCGAGGGCUCGCAGCGCCAGGCCUUCCAGGAGACGCGCCAGUGCAUCCAGGCCCGCCUGCACUCGCAACGGGAGAACCAGCAGCAGGAGCGGCUGCUGCUGUCGGUGCUGCCCCGGCACGUCGCCAUGGAGAUGAAAGCCGACAUCAACGCCAAGCAGGAGGAUAUGAUGUUCCACAAGAUUUACAUCCAGAAACACGACAACGUCAGCAUCCUCUUCGCCGACAUCGAGGGCUUCACUAGCCUCGCCUCGCAGUGCACGGCGCAGGAGCUGGUGAUGACCCUCAACGAGCUGUUCGCCCGCUUCGACAAGCUGGCCGCCGAGAACCACUGUUUACGGAUCAAGAUCCUGGGCGACUGUUACUACUGCGUGUCGGGGCUCCCGGAGGCCCGUGCCGACCACGCCCACUGCUGCGUGGAGAUGGGCAUGGACAUGAUCGAGGCCAUCUCGCUGGUGCGGGAGGUGACCGGUGUGAACGUGAACAUGCGUGUGGGCAUCCACAGUGGCCGUGUGCACUGCGGCGUGCUUGGCCUACGCAAGUGGCAGUUUGACGUCUGGUCCAACGAUGUCACCCUCGCCAAUCAAAUGGAGGCAGGUGGUGCAGCAGGGCGCAUUCACAUCACAAAGGCCACGCUCAACUACCUGAACGGAGACUAUGAGGUGGAACCGGGGUCCGGGGGCGAGCGCAACGCUUACCUCAAAGAUCACAACAUCGAAACCUUUCUCAUCGUUCGUUGCAGCCAGAAGCGGAAAGAGGAAAAAGCCAUGAUCGCCAGGAUGAACCGACAACGUGCCAAUUCCAUCGGCCACAACCCGCCCCCCUGGGCUGCUGACCGCCCCUUCUACAGCCACCGGGGCGGCGGCCAUCAGGUCUCCAAGGAAAUGAAGAGGAUGGGUUUCGAAGACCCCAAGGACAAGAACACUCAGGAAAACAUGAACCCCGAGGAUGAGGUGGACGAGUUUCUGGGCCGAGCCAUUGACGCCCGAAGCAUUGACCGGCUGCGAUCUGAGCACGUGCGGAAAUUCCUGCUGACCUUCCGGGAGCCCGACCUGGAGCAGAAGUACUCCAAGCAGGUGGAUGGCCGGUUCGGAGCUUACGUGGCCUGCGCCUCCAUCGUCUUUCUGUUCAUCUGCCUCGUCCAGAUGACCGUCGUGCCCCACUCCAGGUUCAUGCUGGGCGCCUACCUGGCCGCUGCCCUGAUGCUCACAGCUGUGGUGUUUGUGUCCGGGGUCUACACCUGCACCACGCUGUGCCCGGCGCCCUUGCAGUCGCUGUCCCGGAAGAUCGUCCAGUCCCGCAGGAACAGCACGGCGGUCGGUGUCUGCACCAUCUCCCUCGUGUUCCUGUCCGCCUUCGUCAACAUGUUCACAUGCAGCCGCGUGGACCUGCUCAGCUGUCUGGCGGCCGAGCACAACGUUUCACGGAACGAGGUCAACGCCUGCCACGUGCUUGCGUCUGAGUUCAACUUCACCCUGGGCGCUGAGCUGACCUCCUGCGGAAGCUCUCAGCCUCAGUGCCACUUUCCUGAGUACUUCACGUACAGCGUGCUGCUGAGCCUGCUGGCCUGCUCGGGGUUCCUGCAGAUGAGCUGCCCGGGGAAGCUGGCGCUGCUGCUGGUGGCCGAGGCGGUCUACGUACUGAUCGUCGAGGGCCCCGCCGCCGCCCUCUUCGACAAUGCCGACCUGCUCAACGCCGCCGCCGACGUCCUGGAUUUCCAAAACGGGACCAUGGAAUGCCACCCCCAGGAAACCAAGGUGUCCCUGAAGAUCGUGACCCCGCUGGUGAUCAGCGUCUUCGUCCUGGCCCUCUACCUUCACGCGCAGCAGAUGGAGUCCACAGCCAGGCUCGACUUCCUCUGGAAGCUGCAGGCCACGGAGGAGAAGGAAGAGAUGGAGGAGCUGCAGGCGUACAACCGUCGGCUGCUGCACAACAUCCUUCCCAAGGACGUGGCCGCGCACUUCUUGGCCCGUGAGCGGCGCAACGACGAGCUGUACUACCAGUCCUGUGAGUGCGUGGCCGUCAUGUUCGCCUCCAUCGCCAACUUCUCUGAAUUCUACGUAGAACUGGAGGCCAACAAUGAGGGCGUCGAGUGUCUGCGCCUGCUCAACGAGAUCAUCGCAGACUUCGACGAGAUCAUCAGCGAGGACCGGUUCCGGCAGCUGGAGAAGAUCAAGACCAUCGGCAGCACGUACAUGGCGGCGUCGGGCCUCAACGACUCCACCUACGACAAGGCGGGGAAGACCCACAUCAAGGCCCUGGCCGACUUCGCCAUGAAGCUCAUGGACCAGAUGAAACACAUCAACGAGCACUCCUUCAACAACUUCCAGAUGAAGAUCGGGCUGAACAUCGGGCCGGUGGUCGCCGGGGUGAUCGGGGCACGGAAGCCCCAGUAUGACAUCUGGGGAAACACCGUGAACGUGGCCAGCCGCAUGGACAGCACUGGCGUCCCUAACAGGAUCCAGGUGACCACGGACAUGUACCAGGUACUGGCGGCCAGUACGUACCAGCUGGAGUGCCGCGGCGUCGUCAAGGUCAAGGGCAAAGGGGAGAUGAUGACCUACUUUCUCAACGGCGGACCCCCGCCCAGUUAGCGGCGGGCAGGACGGCCCCUCCCUCCCUCCCUCUCCCCUUCCCUCCCCCACCUUGCCCGGGCUGGAAGCCGGGCCGGGGUCUGUCGGCCG